CUUUUACAUCUUAGAAGACAGUCGCUCUCAAUGUCAUAACUAUAUUCCGCCAUGGCUCAGGAAAUGGAGACAUUCGCCGCUCGUCUCGCCAGUUUUGAUCGGGUCCUGUACCCUGAGAAACGGAGAUCAUCGAUUACGCCCGCAGAGCCUAUCGCUUGGCCUCACAGUAGGCCUUCACCAGCUGAGCUUGCCCACGCAGGUUUCUUCUAUCAUCCUUACGAGACGAACCCCGAUAAUACGAUAUGUUUUCUGUGCCGGAGAGCGUUAGAUGGAUGGGAGGAGGAGGACAAUCCUAUCACAGAACAUUUGAAGCAUGCGCCAGACUGUGGAUGGGCUGUCAUGAUGGACAUUCAGCAGCGCAGCUCUAAUCCAGCCGAAAUUGAGGAUCCGACCGGCGAGCGCAUCGUUCAAGCCAGACAGGCUACUUUUGGCGAAACAUGGCCUCACGAUGGCAAGCGCGGCUGGACUUGUCAAUCAGAUAAGAUGGUUGAAGGUGGUUGGUACUUCUGCCCCAAUGAAGAGAGCAACGACCUGGCCACCUGUGCGUAUUGUAAACUGUCGCUCGAUGGCUGGGAGCCGAAAGAUGACCCAUUCGAUGAACACUACCGUCGAUCUUCAGACUGCUCUUUCUUUGUGUUUGCUCUGCCUCCGACUAGCAAGAAAGCGAAGAACUCCCGUUCAAAAAAGGCUCGUGUCUCGAAAGCGUCCCGCCUUUCAACACAAUCCACUGUUUCAGAGGCACCUAUGCCUGAAGUUGACGAUCUGAUGGACCAAAGCACUAAGUCUCAAUCAACCACGAAAUCGAAAUCGUCGAAGAAGUCAUCCAAGUCCAAGAGCAAGAGCAAGAAAAAAGAUGAGCAAGUUGAAGCCGGCAGUCAGAUGGACGUGGACAGCGCAGAUCAGCCCCCGCCAGAACCGACGAAGGCCAAACGGACAAGAAGCAAGAAGAGGACAAGUGAGGAUCUAGCCAAGGAUGACACACAUAUUGACGCAGAGGACGAGGAGAAGCCCGAGCCACCGGCGAAGAAAAGAGCGACCAAGUCACGCGUUAGUGCUCAACAACAGGAACAUGACGAGCAGUCCGAGACAAUCGCAGAGGAUGUAGCCGUGGAGGAAAUCCAUGAAGAGGAGAGACCGAAGAAGAGCCGCAGCACGAGUAAGAAAAAGACUGCUGCCAAAGGUCGAAACGUAUCCGUUGAGUCAUCAACAUCAAAGGUCAGAGAUGUCUCCGAGGCGCCUCAGGAACCUGCGCCCGAUGCAGUGAGUGAGGUCGAUAAAGAGCUAGAGAAGGCUAGCAUCAAGGAGCCCAGCGAAGAACCUGCACCCAAGCCGUCGAAGAAGUCAAAGUCGAAGAAGAAAACGAAGCCAGCCCCCGAGCCGUCCUAUGAUACAGAAGAGCACAGCGUAGAGGUCGAGCCUCAACCGGAGGAACCGGAGCCGCACCUGUCACCAGAGCCUCAGCCACCAGCUGAAGAGCCACCAGUCCAAGAGUCGCCUGUUCAAGAGAUAGGACAAACGAGGCGCUCAAGCAGGCGACAAAGUGCGAGGAGAUCGGAUCCUGUCAAGGCUGAACCUCAAGAAGAUGUUGUUCAGGAUAUUCAGGAUGAACCAGAAGAAGCCCACAUUCCUGAAACCGCGGCUCCUAGUCAGAAGGAAAUUGACACAAAGAGACACGAGUCAUUCGUUUCUGUGGAAAUCAUGGCGAGAGCUCCAAGCAUGGAGCCCGAGGCAGAGGUCGAAGAGAAGAAUGGGAAGAGAAAGCUUAAGAGAAAGGGCUCCACCGAAAAACAAAAGAAGCCCAAGAAAUCGGUAGAGAGGUCAGCCGAACAUGUUCAAGAAGAUCGUACUUCCCCGGAGAUUGAAGAGACGGUUCUUGACAUGGAUGGUCAGACGCUUUUGGGACAGCCCGAGCAGGAGGAACCACAAGUGCAGACACCUGUGCAGCAAACCGCCAGGCGCAGAUCGUCUAAAGUUCCUCCUAAGACUGUUGAGCGAUACAGUGACAUUCCGAAGGAAAAGCAAUACGCGACGUCACUUGUCGAGGCGCGGAACUCUAAUGCUCAUCAAAUGUCCGGAGAUGUCAAUACGGCCGACGACGACGAACAAGAGCCAGAAACCGUCUCGCCCUUACCUUCGCCAUCCAAGACUACGCCUUCUCUGUCGCCACAAUCGUCCGACGCUGAAAACCACCCUCCCUCUCUGAAGCCAUCGCUAAGACCCCCAAGCUCUCGGCUACAUGUACCUUCUCCUUCUAAACAACAGUCAGUUCGGGUUCCAUUUGCAGCCUGUACGCCAUCGCCAUCUAAGCGGGCUGCAAACACCGGACUCCUCAGUACUGCGCACCCGUGGACCCCUAUCGAUAUAGAUUCCAUCAUUCUGGCUGGCACGAGUGACAAGGAAAACAUCGAUUUCUCUGGGAUCCUGAACAGCACGAAGGGCGAGUUGAGCAGCCCCGAAAAGAAGAUGACCGUUGAGGAAUGGAUUAAGUGGAACGCAAAGAAUGGCGAAGAGAGGCUCAAGCGUGAAUGUGAAAGGUUGGUUAGCCAAUUCGAGCAGGAGGGUGCUCGAGCGAUGCGCGUUUUGGAAGGCAUCGAAUGCAUGGAUUGAGGUCUUAAGGGUAUAAUCGGUCAGGCGUCUUAGGGUACGGCGGAACGGCACUUGGAUACUUUGGUUUUUGCGAAAAUUCCUCUUUCUGCUUCUGGGAUACGUCUUCCAGCAAUCUUGCCAAAUAGCAAUGCGGUCAAUACACAUGUUUAUGUUUGUGUUGUG